UACGCCUCCGUCUUCCCGCUCGGUCCUUGACACCGAGCCGGGUGCUGAUCGGACCUGACCGGGGGGGGGGCUGAGGACAGCUGAGGACAGCGACGGACUCGCGAAGUUGCGCCGCCCCGGUUCAGACAGCUGCACUGGAGCAGAUAGAAGCUGAGAUAGUGAUUGAAAGUGAUGGUAAAAGGAUUUAGCCUCGGCAUUAACACAGAGGGAGGGAGAGAGAGAGAGAGGGAGGGAGAUAGGAAACAGAGAGAGGGAGGAAGAGGAGGGAGGGUGAUAUUUUCCAUAAAGCCCUUUCCACCCCCCUCCCCUCCCUCUCUUUCUGCCCUUGAGCAUCCCGGGUAAACCCGAAGCUUGUAAAGUGGGAAGAGGAGGAGGAGGGACGGAGGAGGAGAGGGGGGGCUGAUCGGGGCGGGCUCAAGCCUUUCUUCAAACUCAAUAUUUUAUACUUUUGAUACUCCCUGACGGUGGAAUUCAUUCCUCUUUUCCCGGCCGAUCCCAGAUCUAGGACGCCGCUGAGCCGUCAUUGCGCAGCCAUCUACGGUGGGAUAAAAGAAAGAUUUAAAAAUAGAAGAAGAAAAAAAGUGUCCGGCGGACUGCAAAUAAGAAUAAUAAUAACAACAACAACAAUAAAAAAGCAACAAACAGCGCGCAGGGCAGAUUGAUAUCGGGAGUACAGUGAGGAGACGGCGGCGGGGAGCGAGUACAGUGGAGGAUCGGACGGGAUUUAUAGUGCUGACUGGCCUCAGAGAGACGCGUGCAAGAACGCUCCAGAUCUACAAGAGGAGCCCAGGCGGUCUGAGCCCCUUCAAUGGAUCUAGCCGGAGACACAGCCGCAGCUUUUUCACCUUCCCCUCCCGGCGCCGCUGUUCCGCUGCAGGACCCCGCUCUCUGAAACAUGGAUUCUCGUGAGCAUCUCCCACCCAACUCCCUACAACAUUAUGGUAAAGGUGCACACCGAGAGUCUUCUCAGUAACGGUUUCCGCCCAUCCGUUCCCGUGGAAACCAGCCGUCCCAAGCAACAAACUUCUUUACCUCUGUCUCUCUCUCUCGUUUCUCCCCGGGGGACGUCAGUGUUUGUCAGGCGACGCUGACUGAAAGCUGCAUAUCUACCUGUCUCCUUUCACCUGAGGGAUCUCAAUCAAAAGCUAAGAGGCGAGUCCUUUUAAAAGUCGCACGGUGGUCAGGAUGCUCACGUUCUCCCUGUGAUCACCCCUCCAUGCGCUUUACCUCUCCUCUGAGCCGUGUGGCCCCCUCACCCUGUGCCGGACCCUGCUCCAUACGCCACUCCCCAGGCCUGCCAUGCUCCUCCGGGCUGCGUUGUUGCUGUUGCUGCUGCUGCUGCUGCACUGCUGGGCCUCCGCCCUCGGCCAGUACAACAUGUGCAAGUCUCUGGUGAGCACGGACGAGGGCUCGGUGUGGGAACAUUACGCAUGCCAGCCCAGUCCCGCGUCCAUGAAGGACUACAUGCGGAUCAAGGUGGAUCCUCACGGAAUCACGUGUGGAAAUCCACCUGAGAGGUUCUGCACUCUGGAGAACCCAUAUUUGUGCAGUGACGAGUGUGAUGCCUCCAACCCAGACUUGGCUCACCCUCCUCAGCUGAUGCAGGACCGUGAACGCAACGGCCUAAUCACCUACUGGCAGACGGUGACCUGGGGUCGACAUCCAGAGCCCCUACUCGCCAACAUCACUAUGUCUUGGAACAAGAGUCUGGAGCUCACAGAUGACAUCCAGAUCACGUUUGAAUAUGGCCGUCCCACAAUCAUGGUUCUGGAUAAGUCCAUGGACCACGGGCGCUCCUGGCAACCCUACCAGUUCUAUGCCGACGACUGCCAAGACGCCUUCAACAUGCAGCCCAAACGAGUGCGUGACCUCUCACCCACAAACCUAACACGGGUCAUUUGCACUGAGCAGUACUCGCGCUGGGUCGGCUCCAAGAACGAUAAGAACGUGAAGUUCGAGGUGAGGGAGCGCUUUGCUCUGUUUGCAGGCCCCCGGAUGCAGAACAUGGACAAUCUGUACACCCGCAUGGAAAGUAUGAAGGGACUGAGGGACUUCUUUACCUUCACCAACCUGAGGAUGAGGCUGCUUAGGCCUGCGCUCGGAGGCACCUAUGUCCAGAGAGACAACCUGCUAAAGUACUUCUACGCAAUCUCCAACAUUGAGGUUCCUGCCAGGUGUAAGUGUAACCUCCACGCCUCCCAGUGCCUGCUGACUGAGGGGAACCUCCAGUGCCAGUGUGAACACAAUACCACCGGACAGGACUGCCAGCGAUGCAAGAAGGGCUUCAAAGCCAAGUCCUGGAAAGCAGGUUCCUACCUGCCCGCACCAACUGGAAGCCCCAACACCUGUACAAUUGCUGGUUCCCCCUCCGGUUCUAAUGGGAAAAAGGGUGAGGAUGACGUUGAAGCUGAAACUGAAGCGACAGUCAUCUCUGAAGCUGAACGGUCGCCGGCCGUUACACAUGAGCCUUUAAGUUCUCCUUUGGAAGAGGAUUCGGACCUCAAAGUCCCCGCUGCUGAGGUUGGAAACUCACUUUUCAGUUCUCUAAACCCUCACCAUCUUGAUAAAAGUGAAGACAGCAGAGCUCCAGCGCCAGAAAGCAGAUUUACAGAGGGCUCAGUCCCUCAAACGCACCACGCGUUAUCCACCCGCACUUCAUCUGAGCCUCCGCUGGUACAGAUGGGGAAAUCUGACCCGCUUUCUGUCAGAACGGAGCUCCAUCCUCCUUCGUCGUCGUCUCCGCCGGGGGAGAACGGAGUUUCCCCGCCACGGGAGUUCACUCGUUCAGAAACAGUCCCUGAGCUUUCACAUCUGUCCCACCCUGUUCCAGAAGGCUCCUCUCAUCACUCUGUCACUAAUCAUCAUCAUCAUUACAUAGAAGAGACUACUGUUAAAGUUCAGCAUCAUUCAAGCCUAACUGACGGAGUUUCCCACAAGUCUGUACAUGAGAGUCAUGGACACAAGGCAACAAGCUCCACUGAGCAUGAGCAAGACAGGGAGGAAGAGGAGGACAAAGAGGAAAUAUCUAAAACGACAGGUGCCCACAGUCCACAGCCCCGACACGAGACCCACGGCCACAAACCAACAACUUUAUCUGAACAUGAAGGGCAGCGGAGAGAGGCGGAGGGACAUGCAGAGGCUAACGACCUCCACAAGUCUGAAGAGUAUACACAUGAAACUCACGGCCACAAAAUACCCUCAUCUGUGCAUGGAGAGAAAGGGAAGCAAACAGAAAAUCAUGUUGAAAUUAAAGACCCCCAUGCAUCUAUGGGACACAAACAUGAAACUCAUGGACACUCAACAAAAACCUCCUCUGGGCACGUAGAAGACAGCAAUGAUACUGAGAAGACAGUUUCCCAUAUGGCGGAGGGACAUGUACAUGAGGCUCAUACAUCAGCUGGCUUGUCUGAACACAGUGAUGAGCAGCACACAAAGGCAAAUCCUCACAAGACAGAGGGACACGGACAUGAGAUGCAUGGCCACAGAACAACUUUACCUGAACAUGAAGAGGGAAAAAACACAAAGUCUCAAACAGUUUCCCACAUGUUUGAGGGACACGCACAUCAACCGCAUGGCCACAAAACACCCACUUCAUCCCAGUCACAUGGAGAGAAAGGCCAUGAGCACGGGCAUGAAGACAUAAAAGCUCACAGCAGUCAUGAAGAAAACAUACAUCAGGCUCAUGGUCAUGAAGCAGCAUCUGAACACAGAGCAGAGGGUGAAAAAUCCCCAGAAAGGCAAGUCUUCCACAACCACGAGAACCAUGGACACAAAACAAGCUCAGUGGAAAAUAGGCAAGAGGAGACCAACAGCAUAGACACACAUGGGCACAACACCCAGGGACACGUUAAACCAGCCGGUCACGGGCAUGAGGAGCAUCCACACAGAACAGCUGAAACUACAGGCCAUCACGCAUCUGAGGAACAUUCGCAUGGGACUCUGAAGCAUCAAACAUCAUCUCAUCAUGGAGAGGGCCACAUAGAAACACAAGCUGAAAGGAAAGACCAGCACACAUCUGAGCAACAUGGACAUGUAAUUCAGAGCCAGACAUCUUCUCAUCAUGGAGAGGAGAGAAAAGAUAUGUCAGCCCCUCACAAAUCCGAUGGACAUGUUCAUGAGACUCAUGGCCAUAAAACAGCAACAGAUGAGCAAGGGCACGGUCAUACUCAUACUCAGAAAGAAGUCUCCCAGAUGCAUGAGAGGCUCGCACAAGGCCACAAAACAACAGCCUCACAUGGACAUGGAGAGGAAGGGCAUGGACACAAUAAAAUAGAGAGGACAGAUCCCCUCAAGCCUAGUGGACACGUACAUGAUGCUCAUGGUCACAUACCAGCAACCCCACAUGAGCAUGGAGAAGAGGGGCAUACACACACAGACACUGACAGGACAGAUCCUCAUGAGUUUCAGCCUGUUGUACAUCAUGGCCACAAAUCGACAACCUCACACGGACAUGGAGCGAUGGAGCACACACACAGAAAAGUUGAGAGUACAGAUGCUCAUGUGUCUCACGCCCAUGAGCAUCACAGUCAGAACCCCCCAGCCUCACACGGGCACAGAAAGACAGAGCACUCCCACAGACAAGUUGAAGCGAUUGAAACAACAAAUCCUCCAGCGUCUCAUGGACACGGACAUGAGAUGCACGGUCACAAAUCAGCAGCCUCAAAUGGACACGGACAUGAGUCGGACACACACAGAAAAGGUGAAAGUACAGAUGCUCAUGUGUCUCACACUCAUGUACAUCACAGUCAGAACCCCCCAGCCUCACACGGGCACGGAAAGACAGAGCACUCCCACAGACAAGUUGAAGCGAUUGAAACGACAGAUCAUCCAGCGUCUCAUGGACACGGAUAUGAGACGCAUGGUCACAAAUCAGCAGCCUCAAAUGGACACGGACAUGAGUCGGACACACACAGAAAAGUUGAAAGUACAGAUGCUCAUGUGCCUCACUCAAAAAUACAUCACAGUCAGAACCCCCCAGCCUCACACGGGCACGGAAAGACAGAGCACUUCCACAGACAAGUUGAAGCGAUUGAAACAACAGAUCCUCUGGCGUCUCAUGGACACGGACAUGAGAUGCAUGGUCACAAAUCAGCAGCCUCAAAUGGACACGGACAUGAGUCGGACACACACAGAAAAGGUGAAAGUACAGAUGCUCAUGUGUCUCACACCCAUGUACAUCACAGUCAGAACCCCCCAGCCUCACACGGGCACAGAAAGACAGAGCACUCCCACAGACAAGUUGAAGCGAUUGAAACGACAGAUCCUCCAGCGUCUCAUGGACACGGACAUGAGAUGCAUGGUCACAAAUCAGCAGCCUCAAAUGGACACGGACAUGAGUCGGACACACACAGAAAAGGUGAAGUGACAGGCCAUGACAAGUCCCACGGACACAAGACUCAUGGUCACAGUUCAACAUCCUCACAUGGACACGGAGAGGAGGAGCACACACCCAGAAAUGUUGAAAUGACAGAUGCUUCCAACUCCCAUGGACAUGGACAUGGACAUGAGAAUCAAGGCCACAAAUCAGAGCAUGGAGAGACACGGCAUAGCCCAGACCCUCAUAAGUCUGAAGAACAUGGCCACAAAUCCACAUCAUUUGUACAUCAGCUGGAAAGUGGAGGGCAUGGAGAAACUCACAGGACAGUCGCACAUGGUUUUGAGGAGCACGCACACAGCACUCACGGCCACAAAGCAACAAUCCCAUCACGGCAUGGGGAGGACAGGGAGGACGCUCACGGCCACAGGAGGGCUGAAAAUGAAGAGCACAGUAUCGUUGCAAACCACGGGAGAGGAGGAGGUGGUCACGGGACCAUAAGGCAUGGUGUUCGGAAAGAAGACGACGAGGACAAAGAAAAAGGGAAAAAGAAAGGGCUUCUGAAACUCUUGACCUCAGGAGAGCCUCAGGUCAAACAGUUACUCGGGAUCAUAUACGACAGUUUUAAAGACUGUGAGUGCUACGGCCACUCCAACCGCUGCAGCUACAUCGACUACCUGAACAUCGUCACUUGUGUCAGCUGCAAGCACAACACCAGAGGCCAGAACUGCCAACACUGCAGACUGGGAUACUUCCGCAACGCCUCUGCCGAGCUGGAUGAUGAGAACGUCUGCAUCGAGUGCAACUGCAACCAGCUGGGCUCCAUCCACGACCGGUGUAACGGCACGGGCUUCUGUCAGUGUAAAGACGGCGCGGCGGGGGCCAAAUGUGACGACUGCCUGCCGGGAUACUACUGGAAACAAGGCUGUUACCCUAACGUUUGCGACGAGGAGAUGCUGCUUUGCCAGAACGGAGGAACGUGCUACAUGAACCAGAAGUGCGUCUGUUCCCCAGAGUUCAAAGGGGUCUUGUGCCAACAGUCUCGCUGCGAAGCGGGCAAGGACUGCAACGGCGCCUCUUCGCCGCGCCUCUCCGCGGCCGCCCUGCUGCUCUGCACUCUAAGCUACCUGCUGGCCACGUUAUCACACCACUGAGCCACGAAAAGACGCCCCCAAUCCCCUGCCUCCUCCUACCUACCCACCCUUCAGACACUAGGAGUGUGUGCACAUGGAAGGGGAACCGGAACAUGAGGUGGAGGAGGGCAUCUCUAGUCAGGAGCCCCCAGCCCCCUUCCCGAACUCCCCCCCAGCCCUCCUGCGACAGCACUCCGACAUGCACACACUCUCACCAAAAACACUACCUAAGCCCUCGCAAAGCACACGUAUAUACACACACACCUCACAGGACUGUUACGACGCCGAGUGUGUGUGCUCAGGUGUGGGGAAUGGACGAGCAGAGAAACAAACGCCUCAGAGAAAAGCGAUGCAGUCAAAGGGGAAGAAAAUGAUACCAACCACUGUUCCCUUUAUUCCUCAGCUGGAGCAAUGUGCAUCAAACCAAAAAGCAUAAAAAAGUAACACUUAAAUCACCACUGUUUCACUUCAAAGGGAAUGGCUUUUGUAACCACCGGGAUUUAUUAUUAUUUUUUUUUCCGUUUCCUUCUUCUUGGUUGAGCUAAAAAACUCUCAUCUGUUAGACUGACUGACAGCUUAUGUGUGGGUGUGGGUGUGGGUGGGGGUGGGCGUGGGGGUGGGGGUGGGCGUGUGCGUGCGUGAGUGUUUCGUGUGUGUGUGAGUAAAUCUGAGGGGGUGGUUGUGUGUGUGUGUGUGUGGUCAGACGAGUCGACUUGACAGAAGGGUCAGAAUGAGCUUGUUUAAUUCUGCUGCUGCGGCCUACAUAGUAUAUUAACCAAGUUUCAUUUCUCCUCAGACGACGAGACUUGAUUUUACAUUUAUUCUAUUUCUGCUGCAUUUUUAUUUUGAAUUGUACCGUCAGUCAUUUUAUCUAAACGCGCCCACUAGAAGUCGCUGAGAUUAUACACAUUAUAUAAUAUCCAGGGGGAAGACAUUAUGAGUAAAAAAAAAAAAAGAAAGAGAAAUUAGCCACUAUUAUGGUUGUCGUAGGAAUGAGUGAUUGUUGCCACGCUUAACGAGAUUUAAUCUUCACACAGUAUUCAGGAAGCAGAGUUUACCAACUUUCAACUAAUCAGAGGUCUAAAGGAAAGAGGAAAAAUGUAAAACCACGUAUCAAUUAUAUGACAUUAUUUGAAUAUUUUUUGUAGAAAUUAUUUUUGUUUGAAGUUACAAUAAAUUAUACAAAAAAAAAUACAUUUACAACUAUUCCUAAUGUGCAUUUUAUUACACUGAUUGUAAAGCUUACAGUAAAUAUGACUGUUAUUUGCCUUC